GAGCGACAGAGAAACAGAAGCUGGUUUAUAUUCUGAACAGAGAUGCAGCUGCGAGGCUCACCAUUUCCUCUCCACUUGAAGCCCACAAAGCCAACACACUGGUGUACCACGUAGUGGGAGUCGACGUCGGCUUUGAAAACCCCAUGUUUGCCUGCCUGGAGAUGGACUAUGAGGAGGCUGACAGUGACCCGACAGGAGAAGCUGCCGCCAACACGCAACAGACGCUCACCUUUUACGAGCUGGACCUCGGGUUGAAUCACGUGGUGCGAAAGUACAGUGAGGCUUUGGAAGAGCAUGGAAACUUUCUCAUCACUGUUCCUGGUGGUUCGGAUGGUCCCAGUGGAGUUCUGAUUUGUUCCGAAAACUACAUCACCUACAAGAACUUUGGAGACCAGCCUGACAUCCGCUGUCCCAUCCCGCGACGCAGGAACGACCUGGAUGACCCGGAGCGCGGCAUGAUUUUUGUCUGCUCAGCAACUCACAAGACCAAGUCCAUGUUCUUCUUCCUGGCCCAAACUGAGCAGGGAGACAUCUUCAAGGUUACGCUGGAAACAGAUGAGGAAAUGGUCACAGAAAUCCGGCUGAAAUACUUUGACACAAUCCCCGUGGCAACAGCCAUGUGUGUCCUGAAGACUGGCUUCUUGUUUGUGUCUUCAGAAUUUGGCAACCAUUACCUUUACCAGAUUGCUCACUUGGGUGACGAUGACGAGGAGCCCGAGUUCUCCUCUGCAAUGCCCCUGGAGGAGGGAGACACCUUUUUCUUCCAGCCCCGCCCCCUCAAGAACCUCGUGCUGGUGGACGAACAGGAGAACUUAUCCCCCAUCAUGACCUGUCAGGUUAGUGUGUUAGCGUGACCCACACAAAGUGUGUGAUCACAAUUUUAUGUUCAUCAUCAUCAUCUUUAUUUAAAGAGACUCUUGGUCCAUUAUUACAAGACAAACAUCACUCAAAUAUAAAUU